AUGGUCACAUCGCCGGCGGUCCCCGAAAUCUACGAGGAUGAGCUGCACUCGGCCAUCGAGUCGCGCUCCGAGUCGCUGCAGACGCUGCGCGAGCUCGGCCCGCCCGACCUCGUCCACCUCAUCAAGCAGCCCAUCAAGUCGACGAGCAAGCAGACGGGCGUCUACCACCACGUCAGCGGCAUGGACGCCUCGUCAUCAGCCAGCCUCGCCGCCUACAUCAACACGCUCACCUACUCGCCCCACGACAAGCAGAACAAGGUCGUCUCGGGCCUGUACUGCUGCUACAAUGCCUUCUCCCGCCUCGACAUGCGCGUCCAGGUCUACAUCCCCGGCACCGUCGAGAGCUACUGCAUCGACGAGCGCGGCGACAAGCGCGUAGCCACCGACGACCUGUGGCUGGAAACCUACCUCUGCAGCGUCCUGCGCGCCUACUCGUACGCCGACGACGGCUCCGGCGACACCAUCAAGAAGAUUGUCGGCGUCCGCCGCUUCAACCCCAUCACAAGCACCGAGAGCGAGCACAAGUUCCUCGACGCUGCAGAGCGCCUCUUCUUCAGCGGCUGGCAGCUAGGCUCCGACCCCGAGAUCCAGGUCCCCAAUCUCGUCUCCAACCACCUCACAACCGGCCUGCUCAGCUACAUCCACACCACGGGCAGAUAUGCGUCUGGCAUCAACCUGUUCGAGAAACUGCGCACCCGCGACCCCGAGAUCUCCUCGCUCCUGGCCCGCGUCUACAUCCAGGCGGACGAGGAGGUCAAGGCCGUACAGCUGCUGCACGACGUCAUCCAGGAGCUGCCCAUGGACUACUCCUUGCUCGACUGCCAGGCCGACUUCUGCAACACAAAAGGCCGCGGUGACCUUGCGCUGGAGAUUGCGAAGAGGAGCGUCGUGUCGGCGCCCAGCGAAUUCGGCACCUGGGCCAGGUUGGCCGACAUCUACGUCAGCCUGGAGCAGUGGGACCUGGCCCUCCUGACGCUCAACUCGUGUCCCAUGUUCACCUACCAGGACAAGGACGCUCCGCGCAUGCCAGAGCCCCAGAGAGUCUUCCUGCCCAUCCUGCCCGAGGCCAUGUGUGACGAGAUCGAAGACAGCAAUCUCGACGACAUGGACAUGGUCCACCCCACAUUGCGCAAGCUCCACGCUGCCGGCUUCAAGGGCACAUUCUUAAAAGCCUACAUCAUCCUUACAGAGAUCACCAAGAAGAUUGGCUGGGACCAGCUGCUGAAGAUUCGAUCACAGGUCUUCGUCAUGGAGGAGGAGUACCGCCACGAGAAGCAGAGCGUCCCCGUCUCGCAUUCGCGCAGCGCCAGCACCACCGCACUGCGCUCGCCCUCACCGUCCAUCCGAGCAUCUCCCAAUCCUCAGGUCAACGGCCAUGGCGAAGCAAACCAGCCAUCCGAGCCGAACGGCGAAUCUGCAUCUGCAGAGGCAGCUGUGCAAGACUCACUACAGGAACCUGGCCACACCGUUGCCGCCGAGGUCGUCAAAGCCGGCAGCGAAGACCCGCAUCCAAACAACGACGACAACCCCUCACAACAAAACUACACACAGUUCCAAAACAAGCGUCUCUGUGAACGUUGGCUCGACAACCUCUUCAUGGUGCUCUACGAAGACCUGCGUGUCUACACCAUCUGGCGCACCGAGAUGGCGCAGUACAGACAGCAGCAGCUCCUGUACAAGAAGAGCGCCGAGGAGUGGGAGAUUCUUGGCGAACUGGCAGAACGACUACACCACAUCGACGAGGCAGUCGAAGCGUACGAGAACUGUCUGCAGAUCAAGUUUUCACCCAAGGCGAUGCGGGGCAUCCUCAAGCUAGGCGAAGACAAGAGGAAUACAAGAGACGUGUGCGCAGCACUCAUUAGGCUCGUCACCUGGCAGUAUCGGUGGUACUCCGAGUUCUCCCCCUCCCUCCUCUACACAAUCCGCAAACUCAUCGAAGAAGAAGGCGCCGUCAAAAUCCGCAGCAUCAUCCAGGGCACCAGCCUGCCCCAGCACGUCCUCGACCUCACCCACCAGUAUGCCGCCCUGUGUGCUGCCUUCCGCAGCAGCGGCAGCGAUGGCUAG